AUGUGUCACCUGCUUUCAGCUGCCUCUCUGAUGAGCGCUCGUUAUCCGCUGUAUGGCGUGAACGAUGACGCACUAUGGGCUCGCGGCAGUGCGUUGCCUGAGCCUUCCCGAGGCGCUUCUAUUCAACCGCUUCAUCCCAGCAUGCCCUAUGCCACCUAUCCGGGCACAACCACACAUACGACCGUCGUCCACUCGGCAAUGAAGCCUGUUGCUGAUGCUGAUAUUACAGUAAUUGUUCUCAAUCUAGCGUUAACCGCAUGGAUUAUGUCGGUGCUGGAUUUCUCUACGGAUGGUAUGGGUGCUUUAAAAAUACAAGAUGAUGGUAUUCGAGUGGAAGGUAGGGCUCAAUUUGACAAGCCGGUUACAUUUUCUCAUCUCAGCACCGAGAAGGAUGAGGCGCUCGUGAUAGAUUCAUUCCGCGGUAUUCAUAUGCAAGCUCGUAACUCCAGUGGUCAUGUCUCGGCACGCAUGUCACUUACAGCCGAUGGAAAAACGCAAGCAGUUUGCGAUCGAUUUGAGGUAUUUGAUCCCGACAAUCGAUUAUUAUUCUUCGCAGACUCACAGGAGAUCGGUCUCAAGUUGGAGAACCUUCAUGAUGGCGGUAGUGUAUUUGAAGGCGCGAUCCAAACAGCACUUGUGCGCCCUGAGCCAGAUACUCCUUUGAGACUAGAGUCUCCAACCCGAAGUGUUUCCAUCGAUGCAGCACAGGAUAUUGAGCUGAUGGCUGCUGCCGGUGAAGUGAGAAUUAACACACUUCUGGAUAUUGCCAUAUCAUCGAAACAAGUACGUUUUAACUACAAGAUCUCACGCUUAUUCUGA